AUGUCCAGCUCAAGACCCAAGGUGAAUCUUCGCUCAACAGCGGUCAAGCGGAUCAUGCAAGAGGCCUCUGAGCUCGCCAAUGCUGAUAUAGAGGAAGAUGGUUUCGUUGCUGCGCCUUUAGAGGACGAUAUAUUCGAAUGGCAUUGUACGAUGAGAGGUGUAUCAGGCAGUGAAUACGAUGGAGGGUUAUACCACCUCAGGAUACUUCUACCGCCGAGCUACCCGAUGUCAGCACCUGAUAUCAUUCUCAUGACUCCCAACGGUCGAUUCGAACUGGGAAAGAAGAUCUGUAUAGAUGGAUUAACGAGUUUUCAUGCCGGAUCUUGGCAGCCUGCUUGGGGAGUGAGAACAGCCGUCGUAGGUCUUCGAUCCUUCUGGAUGCAGACCGGUGAAGCGCUUUCGGCGAUAGGUGCAUUGGACUACUCGAAAGAGGAAAGAAGGAGAUUAGCGAAUUUGUCGAAAGAUUGGAAAUGCCCGAAUUGCGGCGUGACAAAUCAAGAGAUUAUACCGCCUUUUUCAGCUUCACCUUCAUCUUCUAGUGCUACACAGACCGAAGGACAAGCGGUAUCCCACGUACAUGAUAAGGCGAGUCAGGAAAAUGGUGAAUCGUCAAGUGAGGUAGUUUCAAUCUCAAAUGAUCAACCAGAAAAGGAUCAAUCCGAUAUAUCGAUAGAUCCGAAUCCUCAAGAAAUACCUAGUAUACUUCCUUCCUCGAAUACCUCAACGAUAGGUCCAUCAAGUACGGGUCUACAAGCUUUACCAAUCGAUAUUAUCCCUCCUUCUAUCGAGGAACCGCCUUCUAUCCCUUCCACUUCUGGAAACCCUAUACGACCUUCGCAAUCCUCGAGAGUGGGAGGUGCUUCAGCUGUUGAGGAGCGAGAAAAUUCAUCUCCCGUUCCGACACGUACAAUUUCACUCCCAACAACUGACCCCGUCAUAAAUAACGAUACCGACGUAGAAACAAUCACCAACGCAAACGCUACUGGUCCUCCCCCUCCCAAUCUCAGACCCAAUCAACAAAGAAGUCCAGCCUUCUAUCUCCUAGAUUCGUUGAUCCUCGCUGGAAUAUCAAUAUUGAUCAUCUUAAUUGCGAAACGAAUGGCUUGA